AUGGCUGUAGAACGACUCGGCUCCAUCCUCAAACACCUGACUCCCGGCAGCUCCCUUGCCUCCAUCACAUCGAAAAAUGCCGACGACAUCGUCAUAACCCUGGCCAUCCGGACGCCCCUGGCUAAGGCAAAGAAGGGUGGCUUCAAGGACACCAGCCUCGAGUACAUGGUCUACGCCCUGUUGAAGGAGGUCAAGGAGCGGUCAGCCAUAGAUCCCGCUCUCAUCGAGGACAUUUGCCUCGGUAAUGUCUCUGACGCAAAAGCCGCCUACAAACUCCGCGCCGCCUCGCUCGCCGCCGGCAUUCCCAACGCAUCUGGUGCCUCCUCUGUAAAUCGUUUCUGCUCCUCUGGGCUCAAGGCCACUGCAGACAUUGCCAAUGCCAUCUCCGCCGGCAAUAUUGAAAUUGGCAUCGCAAUCGGCGCCGAGUCCAUGACCAUCGGCGGCGAUGCCCUCGACAAGCCCUUUGACGAGGCGGUCACCUCGGAGAGCCAGGAGUCUGCCGACACCAUGCAGCCCAUGGGCUGGACGAGCGAGAACGUCAGUCGGGACUUUGGCAUCACCAGGGAAGAAAUGGAUAAAUAUGCCGCCGAGAGUUUCCAGCGCGCCGAGAAGGCCCAGAAGGAGGGUCUUUUUGAUGACGAGAUUGUUCCCAUCAAGACCAAGCUCAAGGGUCCUGACGGCGAGGUCAAGGAUGUCGUUCUGACCAGGGAUGAGGGCAUCAGGCCUGGCACGACUGCCGAGAGCCUGAGCAAGAUCAGAGUUGCCUUUCCCCAGUGGGGACCUACCACCACUGGCGGCAAUGCCAGUCAGAUCACUGACGGAGCUGCCGCCGUGCUCCUGAUGAAGCGCUCCACCGCCAUCAAGCUGGGUCAGCCCAUUGUUGCCAAGUACGUCGGUUCGACCGUUGCUGGCCUGGCUCCUCGCAUAAUGGGUAUCGGCCCCAGCAUCGCCAUUCCUAAGCUUCUGACUAAGUAUAACCUGUCCUUGAGUGACUGCGACGUCAUUGAAGUCAACGAGGCCUUCGCGUCCAUGGCCGUCUAUUGUCGUGACAAGCUGGGUCUGGAUUGGGCCAAGAUGAAUCCCAAGGGCGGCGCGAUCGCCCUGGGACACCCACUCGGUGCUACUGGCACGAGGCAGAUCGUCACUGGCCUCAGUGAGUGCCGUAGGACGGGCAAGAAAAUCUUACUGACGAGCAUGUGUAUCGGUACGGGCAUGGGAAUGGCAGGAUUAUUUGUGAAUGAGCAGUAA